GCGUGCGGCGCGUCACUUGGCAAAUAUUUCGUAAUUCCCAUAAAGGUUUUUUAAUUAAAAUUAAGGAAUUGUAAACGAACAACAAAAUAAAAAUAUUAAAAAAAAAACACUAUAUCAUCAAUAAAAUCUACAUCAAACGACAAAGAAACAUACAAAAUAAAAAUUUUAAAAACAUAAAUAGUCUCAAACAGAAAUUGUUAACGCAGUGAGAGCAGCGCGCCAAAGAGAGUGCUUCAGAGAGAGCCACAAAAAAAUUUGAGAGAGACACAAAUUGUGUUGAUAAAAAAUGUGUGUCAAAAUAUCAUAAACAUGCGAAGAUGAAGCAACGCCAAGAGACGCCAAAUAAUAAUAAUAAUAAAAAUAAUAAUGCGCGAUGAUAAGCAAAUGAUAAUGACGAACACGCUGCACGUGUAGAUAACGUAGAUUUUGUUUUUUUUUUUUUUUGUUUCCUAAUCCUAUUGAUCUAUACAAGGUAGGGAAGAGGACAAUAUGACAAAAGCAAGCGAACAGUAAACAAAACAAACUGCAUGCAAAUUAUAUACAAAGAAUUUUGCACUCAUCACGCAGCUGACGGCGCUGCUGACGUCGACGUUGGCGCUGUCGCUAAGCCAAAACGUAAAUAAGCUAAAAAGCAAAAGCUAAAUAAACAACAUAGACCCGCAAAAUGCACGGCGUCAAGCGUGUGCUGGUGUUUUGCAUUAUGAUUGUGAUACUGCCAGCGAUUUUGAUCAUAAUGCCGCUCUAUAUGCGCAAGACGAUAUUUGCGGAUGUCAUCUAUCCGGUUGCGGAAUCGGAUAUCAUUGAGAUCAGGGAUGGCAUCUCAUCGAUAUUCUGUUCGAAGCACACGCUGCGCAUGAGCAGCAACUUCAAUGCUUUUCAGCUGCGCAAUAAGCCCGAAAUAUCUACGAAUCGCAAGCACAUAAGACUUAAGAAAUCGAUGACUUUGCCGGACGAUACACUAGAAUAUUGGGGCUUCUUUUUGCUCAAGGGAGCGCGUGUGUCCCUCAAGUUCUGCUCACGCUACAAUGGCGCUCGCAUACUGGUGAUCAAGGGCAAACGGGAGCUGAAGCUGUGCGGCUUGACGGAUCACAAUAAGAACAAGCAGGGCGCCAACUACGCACAGGGUCACGAACAGGUCAAGGUAUUCUUCGAGGAUGUGGUGGAAAUAACCGAAGAGAAAGUGCCAGCCGAUGGCCUGCAGGAGCAUGAGAAUCAUGGCGGCGAAGAUCUCAGCGAGGAUCUGGCGACAGUCAAUGUCAGCACAACGCCGUCGCCCGCCAAGCGUCUAAGGAAAAAGCUCAAAAAGGGCACGCCCCAUCAGGCGUCCAAGUCCAUGGAGUUAGUGGAAGGAGCCGUACUCAACGAGAGCAAUACGCCAGUAUUGCCAGCCAAUCGACAGAGGCGUCACAUAGAUCAGGUGCAGGAGCAGCAAGAGGAACAGGAACAGGAGCUGCGAAAAAAGGAAGUUUUCGAUCAGCUGUACAAGCGCAAGGAGAGGCAGAAGCGUGAAAAUGUUUACGACCGGAAGUACAGUCACGGCGGCAAUGCUGUAAACUUUACGGAAACCGACGAAUCGAACUCCAUAUCGAGCUUUGAGACUGGCCUCUUCGACUGCUUCAAUGGCGCCAUAUUGCUGGCCGAGGGCUUUCCACCGAAGCCGGCGUGCAUGAAUGCGCACUUUCUGGAAAAAGGCAAGCACGACACGGUGAAGCAUAAUAUCACCGAGGAUGGCUACUACUACUAUAUAUUCUACAGUGACAACGAUCUGGUCCGCAACGAUAUACACGCCAUAUUCGAUAUAUAUAAGCCAACAUUUCAGUACUCGAACUUAAGUGAAUCGCGCGGCUGUCUGAACAGCACCGAUUGCAGUUUCAACAUUGGUUUCCUCUCCGAUGAAAUUGUCGUUGUCGAGGUGCCCACACGUGAUGGCAUUGAGCACGAGGAGGAUGAUAUUACAAAUCUGAUCUCGACAUGUCAUCCGCGCAGCGAGAUUUAUGCACUGUUUCCCAUAACCGUGCUGGUGCUCAUAUUGUGCUGCUCAUUCCUCUAGGAUUUGAUCACAGUUUUGUACUCUAGGAAUUUUGUGAUAUUCUCCUAUUGAGAUAAUCGAGUGAUAUACGCGGCCAUGAUUGACCAUAUGGCAGGCCCAGAAGUAAAACAUUUUCGUAUGCCCAUUAACAUGCAUGAAAUGUACCACAGUCUGAAUCCAUGUGUAACCAAAACAAAUCAACUGAAUAUGUAUAAAAGGAGAUACUAUAUAAUUUUGUAGGCCAGCAUCUAAGUCUAAGACUCAAGCAUUUAGGUUAGAAAAACGACAAAAGAACUAUGUAAAAUUGCUUAAGAAAAAAUAACAUAAAUAUAUAUUUAAAUAUUUGUACAAAUAGAUAGUGCUAUAUUAAUCUUAAGUUAAAUAUAGUUUUGUAACCUAGUGUAACUCUUACAUAAGAAAAUCAUAAUAUAGUUCUAGACAUCAUUUAAAUUUGAUUGAGAUCAUUUUUUUGUAGCCCAAACAACGAUUAAACUUGACCAAGAUUAAAUAUAACUAUUUUAUUUUUAGGUUUUUACCCUCUACAAUUUGAUUGCAUUAAAAAUACUCGUCGGAAAGCUGAAAGUUAUUUUUUGAAAAAUAUUUCCUACUAUCUAAGAAUUUGUAUAACAUUUUGAUUCAUUGACUAAACAAAGCAAGAAGCGAACAAAAAAAAAAACGAAAUAACAAUUUGUUUUGGCCCAUACAAUAUUUGUGUUUAUUUUAGUUAUUUUAUAUCAAUUCACACGCAAACUAUUUCGCUUGCAGCGUGACUCUUGAUUUUACUUAGUACCAUUCAACAAGAAUAAUGUAAAUACAUGCCACGACACACACGGAUGUACACAUAAGUAUAUUAGGGAGCCUAUCUGUAUACUUGAUAAAAUAAAUAAUACGAAAGCUAUAUAUUGUCAUCAAAAAUAAAUUAAUUCACUCUGUAGAUGUGUACGUACGAUACAUGUUUAUUAUUGUUGAAAGUGUAAUAUAGACAUGUUUAUAAGAUUAGCAAAUAGAAAUACAUAUAUAAUGUAUGUAUCUCACACGUACACACGCAAGUGCCUU